UCCUCAUCCAACUCCUUCCAACUCAUUGUCUAACUGUCGGCGGUGCUGUCUUGACCUGGAAAUGGGAAAAUGUUAUGAGUCCCAGAGGCGAUGUCUAUUAUUCUAGGUCUCGAUACGAGCUCCGGCCUCGGCCCUUGGGGGUUGGGGUGCUCUCCCCAACAACUCAGGUUCAUAGCGCUGCGGUCAUUUGGAAUGGCUGUAUAAAAUCACUGGAGAAGUGGCAUCGUCGGUUGUGGGCCGCCCUCUCUCUCUCCGACGCGCGAGAUGUCUUCCGCGGUCUCCACACGUAUUGCACCUCAGGUUGGGUCCUCAAGAACCAGAAGGAGUUGCCCCCUAUCACAUGGCAGACGAUCUGGGGCGAGCUGAGCUAUCUCAGUUUGGGCAUCCUGACCAUCACGCCUGUCAUAGCCAUCUGGGGUAUCCUUAACGUCAAGCUUCGUUGGGAGACAGCGGUGUGGAGUAUCAUAUACUAUUUUGUGACCGGCCUAGGUAUCACGGCGGGUUACCAUCGCCUUUGGGCGCACCGCUCGUAUAAUGCCUCGAAGCCUCUUCAGUACGCCCUUGCCAUGGCGGGUGCCGGAGCCGUGCAGGGGUCGAUCAAAUGGUGGUCCCGUGGCCACCGUGCUCACCAUCGCUACACGGACACGGACCUCGACCCUUACGACGCUAACAAAGGCUUCUGGUGGUCGCAUGUCGGUUGGAUGCUUGUGAAGCCGAGGCGCAAGCCUGGCGUCGCCGACGUCAGCGAUCUCAGCAAGAACGCUGUCGUCAGGUGGCAGCACCGCUGGUACUUACACCUUAUCCUCGGCAUGGGCUUCAUCUUCCCGACGGCUGUAGCUGGCUUUGGGUGGGCGCGCCUGGUCUUAGUGCAUCAUUCGACGUUCUGCGUUAACUCCCUCGCACACUGGCUCGGCGAGACACCGUUCGAUGACAAGCACACGCCGCGCGACCACAUGAUUACCGCGUUCGUGACAAAUGGCGAGGGAUACCACAACUUCCAUCACCAGUUCCCGGUGGACUACCGCAACGCCAUUAAGUGGUACCAGUAUGACCCGACCAAGUGGUUCAUCUGGGUCUGCUCCGUGCUCGGCCUUGCGAGCCACCUGAAAACGUUCCCCGACAACGAAGUGAAGAAGGGCCAGUUGACCAUGCAACUGAAGCGUCUGAGGGAGACGCAGGACAGCUUGAAGUUUGCUCCGGAUCCUAAUGACUUGCCUGUAAUCAGCUGGGAUAGUUGCUCAAAGAGAGCAUUGGUCGUCAUCGGAGGCUUCAUCCACGACGUUUCUUCAUUCAUUGACGAGCACCCCGGUGGUCGGCAUCUGGUACUCAAGAACAUCGGGAAGGAUGGGACGACGGCCUUCUUCGGCGGUGUCUACGACCACUCCAACGCUGCACACAACUUGUUGUCCAUGAUGCGCGUAGGCGUCUUGUACGGCGGUGUGCAGCACGGGUUGGACGACAAGAACAUCCCGCCUUCCCAACGUUUGCGGAUCGCACAGUACAAUGAACUGUCCUCUUCGGGUAGCGCGUCUUCUACAGCGUGCUCGGAUGUUGAUGAAGAGAGCAUGCUGGGCUAGGCUAUUAGUCACAGAGCCAGUCUGCUCGUAUAGAUGUACACAUAUUGUUAGAUGAAUAUACUCGCCCCUCUUCAUGGAA